AGCUCCAGAUCUGUGCAUGUCCAGACCUGCUGAGACCGCUCGCCCCACGACCAUCCAAACCCGGCCACCAUGUUGUGCAGAGUAUUGAUCAUUCUGGGAACUGUCUUGAUCUGCAACCAGGUCGUUUCAGGAGAUUUGUUUGUGGCUGAGCUGAUGGUGGAGAGUAACAUCACCCUGGCCACGUCCUCCAUCCUCUCCACCUUCAACAACUCCCAGCUGGACGUUGCCGCGCACCAGGUCAGCAUCCAGGAGAUCGAGGUGGUGUCAGACUGCCUGCUGCUGGGCGAAACGGUGCGGUGUGACUGCGGGCCGGGCUACAUCUGGACCAACGACGUGUGUUACAACACCACCUGCUGCAACGCCACCACCUGCACCAAGCCCAUCCUGGGAUACGAACCCAUGUGCAUCCCAAAGUUCCCAGUGCAGAUCGUCGGGACCGUGGAGCUGGUGAUGGGUCCGUGGGGCGACGCCGCCGAAGCCAUGCUCAUCGCCGGCCUGAAGAAGCUGAACGGCUUUGAGAGUCUGAACGUCACCACAUUACAGAGCGACGCCAUCGCUGACUUUGUGGCCAAUGUGAGCGCCGUGUUUUUGACGUCCAAGCUUCAGGAAGUCCUCGGGUCUCUGGAGUUGCACAUGUCUGCCUCCAUCGUCAUGGAGAGCAUCGGGCUGGUGGAGAUGACCGCCACGGGCUCCCUGGUCUGCUACGACUCCACCCCCAUGAUGACCUGCAGCUUCAACGAGAUCCUGGGCGUGAACAUGUGGAGCAUGAGCCGGGGGGAGGAGUUUGCCGAGCUGGGGAACGGCAGCGUGGCGCAGCUCACCACCUGUGAGAGCGCCAGCACGCCCGCCUGCAUCCGGCUCACGCUGAAUCGGGUGAACGGGAACUGGGCAGGCGUGUUUAAGUGUGAGUUCUCGGAGGGCUCGGUGAGGCACACGGCCCUGCUGGGGCUGGACGUCGCCCUGCUGCCCGACCCCAUCAAGAUGGUGAUGGACCCCCUGACGGUGGACUGCUCUGAGGGAGAGUCCUCCUCGGAGACCGUCAUGGUCACCACCACCAUCGCCCCCACCACGGAGGCCUACAAGGUCACAUGGUUUUACCGGGACGCGGAGCAGGCCACCCUGACGCCAACAGUGUCGGUAGAGGAACAGGUCUACACCUUCGACGUCCCUAUCAGCUGCAGCAAGAGCCUGGACCCUCACUACGUCAACAUCACCUUCGAGAACAAGAAGGACCAGAAGAAGACCCUCCGCCUGGACAUCGGGGUCAUCUACCCUGGCGCUGCGUUCUGCGCGGCGGAGUUCUCCGGCCUCAGUUUGUGGCCGCCCACCCCAGCGGGGUACUCGGUGUUCAACCGGACGUGUCCCGAGGGCCGGGAGGGCUACGUGUCUCGCACCUGUGACGGCAGUGCCUGGCAGGAGCCCUUCUACCAGUGCAUCUCCACUGAUGUGCUGAGGGCCCUGGACGUGGCUGAUAGCUUCAAACAAGGCUUUGGCGCGACGCAGAGCGCGGCCGAGGGCAUCUUCGGGAAUCUGAACAACGGAUCCAUCAUGAACACGGGCUCCAAGGAGGACCUGGCCGACCUGGGCGCGGGCAUCAGCAUCCUGAGCACCAUGGCCGAGGCCUCGGGCAACGUGGUGCUCCACGACCAGCUGUUUCCUGACCUGAUCAAUGCGGCCAGUAACAUGCUGAACCAAUCAUGGGAGGCCGUCAACAUUACCGUCCAGAACACCAUGUCCACACAAUACCUGGAGUCGGUGGAGGGCCUCGUGGAGAACAUCCAGGCCAACCUCAGCAAGGGCGAGGACUCGGACAACGUCAAGCUGGUCAUCUGCCAGGUGGAGGAGGAGGACUGCAGCCAGACUGUGUUCGGUGUGGACGUGGCCGUGAACAACAGCGAGGGCAUCAUCAAGACCAUGGCCGUGAAGAACCUGGCCUACAAGCUGCCCCGAAUUAACAAGAACAGCAAGACGGCAAGCCUGGUGGUGUCGGCCACUCUGCAGAACAGCAGCAGAGAGACCAUCGACAUCAAGCUCAACUUCCCCAGGGAGUACCCGGAUUUCAACGAAGUCGAAUGCGUGUUCUGGAACAUCUCGUCCCACCAGUGGUCCGGCGAGGGGUGCCAGCUGGUGACCAGCGAGGACGGGAAUGAAACCGUCUGCGAGUGUAGCCAUCUGACGCCCUUCUCCGCCCUGAUGUCCAAAACCACCCUGAUCCUGCCUUUCCUGGACGAGCUCACCUACCUGGGUCUGGGCGUGUCCAUCUGCGCCCUGCUGCUCUUCCUCAUCAUCGAGGCGCUGGUGUGGUCGGCCGUCGUCAAGAGCAACCUCUCGCACUUCCGCCACACUUCUCUGGUCAACAUCGCCGUCAGCCUCCUGCUGGCCGACCUCUGCUUCCUGGCCUCCUCCUUCCCCGACAAGAUCAGCGAGAACGUGUGCCUGGUGUUCACCAUCUGCCAGCACUUGUUCUUCCUCACCAUGUUCUGCUGGAUGCUGUGUCUCAGCGUCAUGCUGGUCCACCAGCUCAUCUUCGUCUUCAACCCGCUGAGGAAGAGGGUGUUCAUGUUCCUGUCCAGCAUCGUGGGCUACAUCGUGCCCAUGCUCAUCGUGGGCAGCACCUACGUCUACUACAAGUACACGGGCAGCGACUACCGGAAGAAGGGGACCUGUUGGCUGACCUAUGAGGGGCUUCUGAGGGGCUCUAUCCACGCCUUCCUGCUGCCCGUGGGCGUUGUGGUCCUCACCAACCUCUUCUCCAUGUGCGUGGUCAUCCUCACGCUCACCAAGACCGCCGUCCCCGAUGACAACAAGUCCGACGCAGAAACUGCCAAGAGCAUCCUGAAGGUCAUGCUGUUCCUCACGCCGGCCUUCGGCCUCACCUGGAUCCUGGGCUUUGUCAUGCUGUUCCUGGGAGACUCCAGCGACGAGGCUUCCAUCGACGGCAGCACGCAGUCCGGCCUCAUGAUCUUCAUCACCUACGCCUUCACCAUCCUCAAUUCCUUCCAGGGUCUGUUUCUGUUCAUCACGGGGGUUCUGGCGGAACAAAGGGUACGGGACGAGGUUCUGAAGCUCAUACUGGCCAAGACGUCAUCAGGCGAGAAGAGUAACAACACCACCAACACCUCAAAGAACUGAGGCGGGAGUGGAGGGAGAUGCAGGAGGUGAUGAGGGGGCAGUUGGUAUUCCAGAGGAGGAGGAGGAAGAGGAGGAGGAGGAAAGCCAACGUCUUCUAGUUAAUUACGUAGUAGUUCACACAGUCAUCCUUAACCUAUUUAAGUGUAGUUAUAGUACAAGCUGUAACUGGACUUUAGACAUGUACAUAUCAGAGUCUUUGAAGAAGAAUGAGCAGCUCACUGUGUUUGAAUAGAGGAUGUAAAAAGGUUUUGUACAGAACACAUGAAGUACAAAUUAUGAGUGCAUUUACCUGGAAUCUAAAUGAUUUGAAUAACUAUUUGAAUGAGUGUGAUGUGAUGUAUGAUACCUAGUAUUGAGAUAUUUGCUAUUUAGAUCAAAUGUUUUGAAUACGCCGAUGUAAAGGAUAAAUAUCUACUUAGAAAUCGUCAGUCUAAAUGUAAUCGUUUUAAUAUUUUAAUCGUUUUAUUAUUGGAAUAGUUUUAAUAUUGGAAUAGUUUUAAUGUUGGAAUAUUACUUUGAUACUGGAGUAGUUUGUUAUAGUCUUUCACAACAACCUGAGCUGAUCUGUAAAACAACUGAAAACUAACAAGAUUCAAUUAAAGUAGAAAUUGUAUUUAUUCCCCUGA